AUGUUUAACAAGGAAAGAAAAAGAAAAUAUAAACAAAAUAGCAGCAAUAAUCAACCGAGUGAUAAUAAUAAUAAUAAUAGUAACAAAUUACACAAAAUUAUGAAUAUUAAUAAAGAAAUUGAUAAGAAUAAAACUAAUACAGGGAUGAAUAGAAUGAACCAUACUACUGCUACUGCAACAGCUUCCAAAACUCUUUAUAAGACAACAUUUCAGAAGAAAAUAGUUAAUAAUUAUAACAAAAACAAAAGCACUCCUAUAAAUACCAAAAAUCUGGUUAAAAAUACUCUGUACCAUAAUAAUAACAACAAUAAUAGUAAUAAUAAUAGUAAUAAUAAUAGCAAUAAUAAUAGCAAUAAUAUUUAUAAUAAUAUUUAUAAUUCAAAUUCAAGUACACGUACUUAUGAUAAUGGUGCAAAAUUACUAAAAAACAUUUAUUUGCAACAAAACAUAUUGUAUAAUAAAUCAACCAGGUUACAAGAACGAUCUAAAUCGAAAUAUGAAUUCGACCAAAAACGUUUUAACUAUUUUAAGGAUUAUAUUCAACGUUUAGGAACCAAGUUUGAUAUAAUUAACAAAAAGUCUACUAUUGAUCUAACUUUAGCCGUUGAACAAUUUAAUGAGAAAUAUAUCAGGGAAAAUGGCUGCAUUCCAAUUAACCCAGACAAACCUAAAAUACAAGUCAAAAAAACUAUUUCUUCAGGCGCAGAAAAGGAUAACAGUAAAAAUAAAACGGCAACAACCAAAAAAGACCAACCUCAUAUUGUGGAUCCACAACUUUUAAUAGAUUUUAAACUAAAAAUGGAAACAUAUAAAAAGUUGCAUGCAAAAAGAUUGAAGUACGAUAGAUUGUUAAAUGAAAUAACACAAAACCAUAUCCCAAAAGUAUAUUCCACUUCUAAAAGCUCAAAUUUCCAAUACUUAACCAAUUGUAUUGGUGCGAUACAUUUAAACAAUACAAUAUGCUUUAGUUUAGAUGUAGAAGCCUAUGAAUUUAAAAAUAAUACAUUGACAGAAAUAGGGAUAUCUAUUUAUGAUCCAAGGAUACAAAGUACUUAUGGACAAAGUGUAAUUUUGGAAAACUAUCAUAUUAUAAUCAAGGAAUCUUUGCAUUUAAGGAAUCAUAAAUAUGUUUCUUGUUUUAAAGACUGUUAUACUGUAGGUGAGAGUUGUGUUUUAUCUCUACAAAAUGCCGUUGAUUUAAUACAAAGUUUAAUAAACUAUUACUUAAAACCGGUUACUGAUGAGGAUAAAACUUGGAAUAGGGCCCUGGUUGGUCACAAUGUUAAGGGUGAUUUGAAAUGGUUGAAAAACUUAAAGAUUGAAUUCCCAGAUAAUUUGGAUUAUCAGUUAACCUCACUAGUCUUUUCCAAUGACGAAAACAAAAUUAUAACUAGCGAUAAAACUUUAGUUCUAGAUACUGAGACCUUAUAUUCUCAUUUUUAUGGUAAAAGUCAUUGCAGUUUGGGCAAAAUUUUGAGGCUCUUAAAUUUGCCACAUGCCUAUUUACAUAAUGCUGGUAAUGAUGCAUAUUACACUUUAAAUUUAUUACUGCAUUUAACCGAUAUAGAUUUCAGAAAAUAUAAAAAUUUAGAUGAUAUUGAAUAUGUUCAAAGAUCAAUUGUUGCACUAUAUAAGAGGCUAAAUCAGGAGGAAAAAAUUAUACCAAUGGUUUACGAGACUCUAUUAGAUGAAAAGAGACAUGACAAUAAUAGUAACAAUGGUAGUUUUGGUGCCAGUAACAACAGUACUAAUAAUAAUGGGUUUUCAACAACAAAAAAUAUUUCUCAAACAGAAUUUGGUGGUAUAAAGUUUUAUAACUCUUUUGCAGAAGUAUUUGAAAGCAAGUUAGCUUUAAAUUUUAAUACAAAAGAUGGAAAAUAA